GAUCGAGGCAGGGGACAUUACUAAGGCUGCUUUUUUUCUAAAUUUGCAUAUCAGAUGUUUGGUAUUUUUGCUUUUGUCUACAUAAAAUUGUCUUUUAGACCAAUAAAAACUUGGGCGCUCACAAUUGGCUGCUGCUAGUGGGUGGAGUUUUACAUUGCUUACGGCUGUGACUUGUGUAUUUGUGAUGAGUGUUUUCUUUAUUUAAAAUCUCUACCCCCAUUCACGAUCAGCUUCAGCGUGUUUUCUGGUACCUCUGUUCUGCGACCUGCUCCAUGGCUGCAGACUCUAAUGUAACAUACAUUCAUCUGGACGGAUUUGUAGAAAUGCAAAAGUACAGAUAUGUUUAUUUUGUCAUCAUGUUUACAGCUUAUCUUCUGAUCAUCUUCUCUAACAUCACCAUUGUGGUCGUGGUGCUCCUUCACCAGAAUCUUCAUCAGCCCAUGUACAUCUUCAUCGCUGCUCUGUUGCUCAACUCAGUUCUGCUGAGCACCAACAUUUACCCAAAGCUGUUGGUGGACUUUUUAUCCGAGAACCAAAACAUCUCAUAUCCAGGCUGUCUCCUCCAAUGUUAUCUUUAUUACUCUUUGAGUGGUUCAGAAUUUUUACUGUUGGCAGUCAUGGCCUAUGACAGGUAUGUUUCCAUCUGUAAACCUCUUCAGUACCCGGUCAUCAUGAGGAGAACAGUUGUUAGCCUUCUGUUGGUCUUCGCAUGGGUGCUUCCUCUUUGUCAAACAGCUGUUCCUAUUGUUGGCAGCAUCCACAGAAAACUCUGCAGCUUCAGUCUCAGAGGGAUCUUCUGCAACAACUCUCUCCAUCACCUCUACUGUGUAAACUCCAUGUUCUUGUCCAUCUACGGUGUGGUGGUUCUCGUGGACCUCGCCAUUUUUCCGUUGAUCUUUAUCCUUUUCACGUAUGCCAACAUUUUGAUUGUCUGCUCUAGGAGCCCUAAGGGGGUGAGGAGUAAAGCAGCAAACACUUGCUUACCUCACCUGCUGGUUCUGAUCAACUACUCUUGUCUGAUUACUUAUGAUGUCACCAUUGUCAAACUCGGCGCAACGCGCAGUUAUUCCAGAACAACGUAUUUCUUGAUGUCGCUGCAGGUGCUGGUGUACAAUCCUCUCUUGAACCCUAUUAUCUAUGGGCUGAAGAUUAAGGAGAUUCACAAACACCUCAAACGCUUGGUCCGUCCCGUCAAAGUCAACUGAUCAUCUUUUUAUCCCUCGU